GCCCCAGCGCUGACAUCUCUCUGCCCAGCCAUGGGCCCUCACCUGCUCCUGCUGCUGCUCCUGGGACUGGAAGGUCAGGGCUCAGCUGACAGCCACCCCGAGGUGCUGCAGGCCCCCGUGGGGAGCUCCAUUCGGGUGCAGUGCCGCUACCGGCCUCAGGACGUCAAGGCUCGCAAGGUGUGGUGCCGGGUCUCGCCAGAGGGGUGCCAGCCCCUGGUGUCCUCAGGUGUGGAUCGCACAGCCCCAGGGAGCAGGCACACAUUUCUCACCGACCUGGGUGGGGGCCUGCUGCAGGUGGAAAUGGUCACCCUGCAGGAGGAGGAUGCCGGGGAGUACAGCUGCAUGGUGCAUGGAGCCGCGGGGCCCGAGACUGUGCACAGAGUCUCUCUGGAGGUGCUCCCUCCAGUUCCUGGCCUGAGAGAGGAGGAGGAGGAGGCAGAGGAGGAGGAAGAGACACAUAAGAUGGGCAGCCUGGCUGAGGACCCCUUCCCAGCCCCUGCAGGCAGUGCCAGCCCUUCAGAACCCAGCCAGGAUGAGAAGAGCAUCCCCUUGAUCUGGGGUGCCGUGCUCCUGUUGGGCCUCCUGGUGGCGGCAGUGGUGCUGUUUGCUGUGAUGGCCAAAAGGAAAGGGAACAGGCUUGGUGUGUGUGGCCGACUCCAGAGCAGCCCAGUUUCAGGCAUGGGCCCCUCUUCGGUGGUCCACCACAUCAGUGACUCUGGACUGGCUGCUGAAUUGCCUUCGGAUGUACCAUAUGUUAGGCUCGACUCUCCACCUUCCUUUGACAAUACUACCUACACCAGUUUACCUCUUGAUCCCCCAUCAGAGAAACCUCCACCUCCAGCCCCACCCUCAUUGCCCCCUCUACCUGCGAAAGUCCUAAUCUCCUCCAACCCUGUAACAUAUGCCACAGUCGUCUUCCCAGGAGGGGACAAGGGUGGAGGGGCCUCCUGUGAGCCAGCCCAGGAUCCACCUGACAGUCAAACUGCAUCCAGCUAAGCUGCUCACCAUGCUAUAAACUCAUGAAGACCAUCCCCGGGGGUUCUGUGCAUCUAUCCAUCCAGCUCAGGCCCUAGAUCCUUAGAAUAUCUGAGCAAAUAGGGGCUUUAAGAUGUAACCUAAUGUCCUGACUUCACUCAAAUGGAAAGUUAUGCUCAGGUAUGACUGAGAUGUCUUGGGGAAUCCUCUCAUGUUGGUUCUUCUGCCAUUACACACUGGGCUAAAUAAACCCUAAUGAUGAUA